UCUUUCUUUUUCUCCGCAUUUCUCACUCGUACAGGUGAUGUGAGAGGCAUACAGGGGCAGCUUCUUAUAAAUUUUGGUAGCUGUGCAGGAGGACCCCCAAAACUGCAGGAUUCAUAUUAAAGCUCCAGAUCUAAGUGUCAUGCAGUGCAGGUUUAUUCUGCCUGAGACAUCAUGACCUGGACAAACCCUCUGACCCUUCUUUGGCAGGGCUGGGCGAGGCACAGGGACCGGGACAGACCCAUCAGGAUGGUGGUCUCCAACCUGCCCUUUGAAGAUCUGAAGAAACGUGACCAGCCGAACCGCCAGUAUGAGGGCAACGCGAUCAAAACCAACAAAUACAGACUUUGGUCCUUCAUCCCUAUGAACUUAUUCGAGCAGUUCCACCGCAUGGCCAACGUUUAUUUUGUGGGCCUGGCCAUCUUGAAUUUCAUCCCGGUGGUGAACGCGUUCCAGCCAGAGGUGGCUCUCAUUCCCAUUUGUGUCAUCCUGGCACUGACCGCUGUCAAGGAUGGUUGGGAGGAUUUCCGGAGGUACCAGAGUGACCAGCAGCUCAACAAUAUGCCUUGCUUCAUAUUCAGCAGGAAACAGAUGCGUUUGGUGAAGAGGAGAUGGAAGGAUGUACGGGUGGGGGAUUUCGUGAGAGUGCUCUCUAACCAGAUCAUCCCAGCUGACAUCCUGCUCCUGCACACGUCCGACCCUAAUGGAGUGUGCCACAUGGAAACAGCCAAUCUGGAUGGAGAGACCAACCUCAAACAGAGGAGGGUGGUGCCAGGCUUUUCGACUCUGGGCAAACCAUUCCAACCUCAAACAUUUUCCAGUACUGUCGUGUGUGAAAACCCCAACAACAACCUCAACGUGUUCAAAGGUUAUGUGGAGAGGCCUGAUAAGAGGAGAACAGGCUUCGGCAUCGAUAGUCUUCUGCUGCGCGGGUGCACAGUGAGAAAUACUGAUGACGCAGCUGGAAUAGUGGUGUACGCAGGCCAGGAGACCAAAUCCAUGUUAAACAACAGCGGGCCCAGGUACAAACGCAGCAAGAUUGAGAGGAAGAUGAAUACGGAUGUUCUCUUCUGUGUGCUUCUUCUAUUUUUCAUGUGUCUCAUCGGAGCCCUGGGCCAUUCUAUCUGGUUGGAAACUUUUAGCACCAUGCCCUCAUACAUCGUCCCUGACAGAAAUGGCAAUUAUACUCCUUCAGUACUAGCGGGAUUUUACAUGUUCUUCACAAUGAUCAUCUUACUGCAGGUGAUGAUUCCUGUGUCCUUGUAUGUGUCCAUUGAGCUGGUGAAGAUGGGGCAGAUCUUCUUCAUCACUCAGGACGUGGAGCUUUACGACGAGGAGCUGGAUAGUCGGGUCCAGUGUCGUGCUCUGAACAUCACAGAGGACUUGGGACAGAUCCAAUAUGUCUUCUCAGACAAGACAGGGACGCUUACAGAAAACAAGAUGGUGUUCAGACGCUGCUCCAUCGUGGGGACUGAAUACUGUCACGAGGAGAACGCUGCUCGCUUGGCGGUUGUCAGUGGAGCAAAUGAAGAGGAGGAAGACACUCUCUACCAACAGACAAAGCUUCCUCCUCUCUUCCCUCUGGAAGGAUUACAGGACAGCCACACAGGAGACAAAAAUCACGCCGACACUCAAGUCACAGCUGCCAAUCGACGCAGAUCAAGAGUGUCAGCGGGAGCCCAAAGUGACAUGGCCUUCAGCACUCCUCUGGAAACAGUGGUGGUUCCAGACAGGAAGCUGAUGCUGGAGGUGGACCGUCAGAUGGCGAGCAUCCUGAGCGGGCCCUACCUGGACUUUUUUCUGGCUUUGGCCAUCUGCAACACAGUUGUGGUUUCCACAGUGACGGCCCAGAGACAGAGGGUCAAAGAGCGCAGUAACUCUGCAUACUCCGGUGGUUCAUUUCAUAUUAUGGGACAGUGGUUCAGAAAGGGUUCCCUGAGGAACGUUUUCAGCUCCAUGAAGUUCUUCAAGAGAGGCAGGGAGACACUCGCGGAUCCUUUCGCCAAAGAUGAAGACGAGCCUGACCUGUUUCACAGCGCCGAUGUCUCAGACUCAACCACAGGGCAGAAGGUCAUCUCAAGUGAAAGUGAGGUUAAACGCAGUCUGUCUAGCACAGAGGAGGUGUGUUAUGAGGCCCACAGCCCAGAUGAGGCCGCUCUGAUACAUGCAGCAAAGGCUUAUGGGUUCACCAUGGUGGAACGCACUCCUUAUUACGUGACCGUCAAGCUGCCUGAUGAUACGCUGCUGAAGUUUGAGGUGUUGGACGUCCUGACCUUUGACUCGACCCGGAGGAGGAUGUCCAUAAUAGUACGACACCCACACACCAAUGAAAUCAUCAUGUAUACUAAAGGAGCUGAUUCAGCCAUCAUGGAAAGACUGGGGAACGUUUUUUCAAAUAUGUCACAAGUGGAUAAUGUUGCGAAGCAAAUUGCUGUAAAAACUCAAAAAGACCUUGAUAUGUACGCCAGGGAUGGAUUACGAACGCUGUGCUUUGCCAAAAAGGUUAUCAGUGAAAAGGAGUUCAAGGCCUGGUUUGCUAUCAGACAGGAGGCAUUGUCAGCCAUUGAUGAGAAAGAAGAGCGUCUUAUGGACACUGCAACCUACAUAGAGAACAACUUCACUCUGCUGGGGGCAACCGGCAUUGAGGACCGUCUCCAAGAAAAUGUCCCAGAAACCAUCCAGGCUCUGAGACGGGCUGGCAUGCAGGUGUGGGUGCUGACAGGGGACAAACCUGAGACGGCUAUCAACAUCGCAUACUCCUGCAAGCUGCUAGACCAAGAAGACCUGGUGUUCACCUUCAGCACAAACAGGAAGUCUUUGUGUAAAAUGAGGUUAGAGGACACACUGGGAGAGGUGCGACGGAGUUCCCUGUCACCCGCAGGAGAAGUCCAGUUCAGGGGCAAUAACUCCGCGUUUACGCUGACGGAGCACAGUAUCGGGCUGGUGAUAGAUGGGCCGACUCUGAGCAUGGCCAUGUCAGACGACCUGGUGGAGCAGUUUGUGGAGCUUUGCAAACACUGUCGUGCGGUGCUUUGCUGUCGAGUGACGCCGCUGCAGAAGAGCAGUGUGGUCAAACUCAUACGGCAGAAACUGAGGGUCAUGACCCUCGCUAUAGGUGACGGCGCCAAUGAUGUGAACAUGAUUCAAGCUGCAGAUGUUGGCAUUGGGGUUUCUGGACAAGAGGGAAUGCAGGCCGUCAUGGCCAGUGAUUUUGCCAUCACUCGCUUUAAACACCUGCAAAGACUGCUGCUGGUUCACGGACACUGGUGCUACUCAAGACUGGCCAAUAUGGUCAUCUAUUUCUUCUACAAGAAUGUGGCGUAUGUGAAUCUGCUGUUCUGGUAUCAGUUCUACUGUGGCUUCUCUGCCACAGCCAUGAUCGACUACUGGCUCAUGAUAUUUUUCAACCUGCUCUUCACCUCGGCUCCUCCCAUCAUGUUUGGGAUAAUGGACAAAGAGGUGUCAGACUCCACUUUACUGAGCCUGCCCGAGCUCUAUAAGAGAGGACAGCACUCAGAGGGCUACAGGCGUUCAACGUUUUGGAUUGCAAUCCUAGAUGCUUUCUAUCAGAGUCUAGUGUGCUUUUUUAUUCCAUACUGGACGUACAACGGUUCAGACAUCGGCAUAUUCUCGUUCGGCACUCCCAUGAACACGGUCUCUCUGUUCACCAUCAUCCUGCAUCUGGCCAUUGAGAUCAAGAGCUGGACGGCGGUGCACUGGGUGAUCAUGAUCGGCAGUGUGCUGGUGUACUUCAUCGUGACUCUGGCCUACAGCGCCAUCUGUACCAGCUGCAACCCUCCCUCCAACCCCUACUGGAUCAUGCACAAACAAAUGGCCGAUCCAAUGUUUUACCUCGUCUGCAUUUUAACAACUGUUGUUGCUUUACUGCCAAGGUACACCUUGCAUGUCCUAAAGGGAACUCUGGCACCCUCCCCUCACCUCCGCGCACGGCAGCUCGAGCGGCUCCCCCCCUCCCAUCGGGGGCCGCGGAUCAGAGAGUGGCGUGGUCUCCGAGACAUGUGCAUUUCUCCUUCUCUCAGAUCCCAGGAAAACAGCUCUUCUCCCUGCCCCAGUGCAUAAAGUACACACGCCACAGUCCGGCACGCCAC